GUUUGGGGGUCUUUGGGUGCCCAUCAACAUGCUGAAGACCCGGCAGUGUCUACUCGGUAUCCGCACUUUCCUCAGUGUCACGUCAAGAAUAUGGGGCUUCAUCAUGUACAUCCUCAGGAAGCACCUCAGAACGAUAAUCCAGUAUCAGACGGUGCGAUAUGACAUUUUGCCCCUGUCACCUAUAUCCAGAAACAGACUCAAUGCAGUAAAGAGGAAGAUUCUGGUUCUGGAUCUGGAUGAGACGCUGAUCCAUUCUCACCACGACGGGGUCCUGAGGCCCACAGUUAGACCGGGCACGCCGCCAGACUUUAUCCUCAAAGUCGUCAUAGACAAGCAUCCGGUCAGAUUCUUUGUACAUAAAAGGCCGCACGUCGACUUCUUUUUAGAAGUGGUGAGCCAGUGGUAUGAGCUGGUGGUUUUCACAGCCAGCAUGGAGAUCUAUGGCUCAGCUGUUGCAGACAAGCUGGAUAACAAUAGGAACAUCCUGAAACGCAGAUACUACAGACAGCACUGUACAUUGGAUCUAGGUAGUUAUAUUAAAGACCUGUCUGUAGUACAUGAUGACCUGUCCAGUAUUGUUAUCCUGGAUAACUCGCCUGGUGCUUAUCGAAGUCAUCCAGACAAUGCAAUACCAAUCAAGUCCUGGUUCAGCGACCCUAGUGACACAGCACUUCUAAACUUGCUGCCUAUGCUGGAUGCACUAAGGUUCACCGCUGACGUUCGAUCCGUCCUCAGUCGAAACCUCCACCAGCACCGACUCUGGUGAUCGGCUACAUGAAGAGACGUGGGGCUGUUUCAGCAACGUCCUUCUCUCUGCCGGCCUCCAUCCUGCCCUCCUUUCCCACUCAGACGACCCACCAGCCCUCUUAGAUGUAUACUGAGGACCAGGGGUGGUGGGGUGUGCGUCUAACCUGGGAUGAACAGCACGGGAUCAUCAGAACCUAAAAACUACUGGGGAGGGAGAGGGAGUCGGCUGUUUUUUGUUUUGUUUUUUUGUGUCCUCCUUAAAUCUUGAUUUUUUUUUUUUUUUUUCUAAAACAAAAAACAGAGCCUCUCUGCCUUAUAGCUCCUGAUGCUGACUGUAUGAGUACGGAGAGGAGCUUGUGUAUGUGUGCUGGAGCUGGUUAGUCCUUUUUAAACUUUUUUCUGGGAAGACAUGGGGGGCCUAAAGAAGCGGAUCGGCGAAGCAACAAAGACAAUUCGACAUCAUUAUCUCUGCCUCCUCCAUUAUCAUCAUAACUUCAACAUCCACCUCAUCUUACCUUCACGGAGCAAAUCAAGGGGGUAGCAUAGAAAACGAAAUGGGUUUGAUUCAUUUAUAACUGAGGUACUAUUUCCUUCUGCCCAAUAAGAAUGGAUUUAUUAAAAAAAUAAUUUGCUGGAGUUUUCUUUAAAUAAUACAUCCACUGGCCUAUUUUUCUGAACGGGUAUUUUUUCCCUCCCAUUCCGUUGGGAUCUUCACUUUUUGCCCCACAGCUCCUCAUGGGACUCUGUGACAUGAGACUGAAACAUUGUGAUAAGAGCAGAUGGCUUGUUAAUGAUAUGUGGACUGCAGUAUUGCUUUUCCAUAUCUGAUUGUUUUCAGCCGCCAUUAUAUAUGAUAAGAAUUAAUUCUCCAUAGAAGAUGUUUUGCUUUCUCAUUUAAUGCCAUCCUGAUUUUUGCCUAAUAGAAAAUUGCACUUAACCCUCCAACUUUUUUUUUUUUUUUGUUGCAGGUUUUGUUUUUAUUUUCUGUUUUACAGCCUUCCAUGUUCUGUUUCCACCUUGGGUUGUAUGGGUUCAGCUGUAAGACCCUCUUAUCUUAAAAAUGCCUUCUGAACAAUGUCAGUUUCGUCAAAGCUCACAGCGGCUUCUGAUUGGCUCUGUCUCCAUGUCCAUGUUACUAAUAAAACACUUGUCAGUAUCGAACAGCUA